UUCACAAAAUUACAUACAAAUUCAUUUCUAUUACCAUUAUUUAUAACCAACUAUCAAACGGGCAAAUGAAAGUCAACCUCGACCCAGGUUCGUUCACUUCAUUACCAAUAAAACUUAUUCUCAGCUAAAACAAAAUGAAAUAGGAAACGCAACACAAAAGAACUUCCCCCACCCCUUUCCGGCUUUCCCUCUGUUUCUCUCUCUCUCCUCUCCUCUGCUCAGAGUAGAAGCCAAUUCCAGUAUAAACUUCAACCUCCCACAAAAUUCAACAUUCAAUUCAAAAUCUACCCACUUAAUAAAAACCCCCAAAAUUAACUUUCUCUCACUAUCUUACCUCAAGAUUCCACAUUUCAAAAAAAAAAUGCAAUCAUCAUCUUCAAAACCCAUGUUUCCAAAUGUCAUAAUCUUUAUCUUAAUUUUCACAUUCAUAUUCAAAUUAACUUUCUCUUUCCCCACCCAAACAACCCUCAACACCAACACCACCCUCUUUGGAGACGCAUACUUCGCCAUUAACAACACAUCCAACACUUCUUUCAUCAUCUUAACUCAUCAAAAACAAUUUUCUGCAGGAAGAGCUUUUUACAAUAACCCCUUUAAAUUUCUUGACCCGUUAACAAAUUCCUCUGUUUCUUUCUCUUCACGUUUCUCAUUCAUGAUCACACCUUCUUCUACUUCAAACCAUGCUGAUGGAAUCGCAUUCUUGAUCACCUCGAAUACCGGCUUAUUUUCCCCCAAAUUUGGCCAUCUGGGUAUGCCUAAAUUGAGCUUAAACUCUCAUGAUCGUUUUUUUGCAGUUGAAUUUGAUACCAAAUUUGAUACUUUAAAUGGGGAUAUUAAUGGGAAUCAUGUGGGUAUUGAUGUAAAUUCAUACACUUCUUUGGUUUCUGUUGAUGGGUUUUCAAGUGGAGUUGAUUUUAGUGAUGGGAAAAGAAUUAAUGUUUGGAUUCAAUAUAGGGAUUCAGUUAAAAAGAUUAAGGUUUGGGUUAGUUAUUUCCCAAACAAGCCCUUAAACCCAAUUCUUUCUGCUGAAAUUGAUCUUUCUAAGUAUGUGAAGGAGUCAAUGUAUGUGGGUUUCUCUGCUUCUAAUGGAGAUGGGUCUGCAUUGCACGUUAUCGAUCAAUGGGAGUUCAAGACAUUCGAGUUCGAUUAUGCUUUUGUAGAUAAGGAGGAAGAAGUUUCUAAUAAUGUUAGGAGCAAGAAAGGUAACAAGAAACAGUUGAUUACAUUAUUUGGGGUUACAAUAUCAUUUAAUCUUUUGCUGGUUAUUGUUGUGAUUUGCUAUUGGUGGCGGUUGAGGAACGAUAAGGUAUCGAAAUUAGAUAAAGGGAGGAGGAUUGAAUUGGAUAAAGGGCCAGUAAAGUUAUCACUCGUCGAGAUUGAAGUAGCUACUAGUAGUUUUAGCAAGAGUAGAAUUAUAGGACAAGGAGCAUCAGCAACAGUUUAUAAAGGAAUUCUUUUCGAUGAACAAGUUGUAGCAGUUAAGAGAUUCAAUAACAUUAGUAGGGGUAAUCUUGAUAAACCUUUUACUACUGAAUUUGCUACUAUGGCUCAAAGAUUAAAGCACGAAAACUUGGUUCAACUUUUGGGCUGGUGUUGUGAGAACAAGGAAUGUGUUCUGGUUUACGAGUUUCUGCCUAAUGGUAGUCUUGAUCAGAUUCUGCAUAAAAACUCUGAUGCUCUUUGUGUGCUAACUGGUGAACAAAGGCUUAAUAUUGUACUGGGUAUAGCUUCUUGUCUCAGAUACUUGCAUGAAGAAUGCAAUAAGAAGAUAAUUCAUAGGGAUGUUAAGACUUGUAAUGUGAUGCUUGAUUCUGACUUUACCCCGAAACUUGGAGAUUUUGGAUCAGCUGAGGUCUAUGACAGAGAUUCUAGAGCGAGGAAACCAACUAUUCCAGCAGGCACAAUGGGGUACCUAGCCCCAGAGUAUGUUUACUCGGGUGUUCCUACUGUGAAGUCUGAUGUAUACAGUUUCGGGGUGGUGGUUUUGGAGGUGGUCUCCGGAAGAAGGCCAGUGGUGGAUAAUAGAGAUUUGCUCGUUGAUUGGGUUUGGUCCCUAUGGGAGAACGGUAAACUGAUUGAGGCCGUUGAUGAGAGGAUGAUGGGAAAGUAUAGUAGCGCGGACAUGGAAAGGAUGCUUAAGGUGGGUUUGUGCUGUGUGCAUUCUGAUAAGAAGAAAAGGCCUACUAUGAAGGAAGCUGCUAUGAUGCUAAAAGAGGAAUUGCAGGUACCUGUUCUACCAGCUAAGAAGCCUAUAAUGAAGAUUCAAGGAGCUAUUGUUCCGAGAGCAUCAAGAAAGUCACUGAGUACGCGGGUUGAUGACUUGGAUGAGUGUCCUUGGUCUACUCCAAGAACUCAUUUCAGUGAGGUUUGAUUUAGUUGUUCCAACCAUGAAUUCAGAUGUUUGUUAAUAGUCUUAAAAGAUUUUCUUUACUUGCUGUUGAGAACUUCAUGUAUAGGAGUCAGGAGAAGAUAGUUUUUACUAAUUGCAUUCAGAAUUUAUGUUUUCCCGGGUUAAUAAUGUUUGUAUAUAAAAACAUUUGUAAUUCAGUUCAAAAGUUCCAACACAUAAGUUGCUUUACAUGUACAUAAUGAAGAGAUGUUAUAAUUCCAAUUUUUAAGUGUAAUAUCUUUAUGACAAAAAUAAUCCGAAGUUGAUCUAAA